GUUUCCUCUCGGCCCCCGGACCUGCCCAGAGGACGCGACAUUAGCGACUGUGUGUGGAGAGCAAUAUGUGCGAGGCGGGAUGUGGUUCCCAAAGCACCUUCUCUUGGCUGUGUUGAAUAAAGGCCGGCAUGCUCUGCUGCGCAGGCCCCCCGGCUCCCUCCCGGAGCCACAGCCCCGGUCGCGUCGCUGGAGGAGCCACGCGGCGUCUGCACACCUGGAGGGGCCGGGCUCCUGGCCCCCCCUGCCGGACUGCAGGGGCGAAGGCCAGACGCUGGACUCUCUUUACACGGCCCAGCAGCGCGCCGAGAUCCUGCAGCUGCUCAACACGGCCCCGGAGAGCGAGCUGGCCACCGUCAAGCUGCUGAGGGGACGCAAGUCGGCCAACAUCGUGGAGUACCGGAGGAGGAACGGCCCCUUCCCAGACCUGGAGAGCGUGGUGAACGUGCCGCGGCUGAAGUACAAGACGGCCCUGGUCGUCUUCAACUUCAUUCUCAGCCCCCUGGAGCAGAGGGAGAGGAGGAGAGCCCAAGUCCGAGUCCAGCCCGCCAGGUUCGUCAAGCCCGAUGUGGACCGGGGAGUGCUGGAGGAGGCGAACCGCAUCGUGUCGGUCGUGUGUGGCACGAACAAGAUCGCCUGGGCGCAGAUGGACCGCAGCCUCAGGGUGCAGGACUGGCAGCAGGAGGAGUGCAGCAGCUUCAUGAAUGGUACUUACAUGGCUUCAGCCUACCUGGAAGACACAUGUGGACGCUUGCAGAUCUCGGCGGUGGUCAGCAGGAUCCCAGAGGCGGACUUCUUCGUAGUGGAGAAGCCGGGCAUCUCCCUCCAGAACACCGCGCUGUUCCCCGUGACGCUGCACCUGCGCACCGUGGAGGCCAUGCUGUUCGCGCUGCUGGGAGCGCGGUGGCCGGCCGGCGGGCCGCCGCGCGUGCUCAACAUGACGCGCGCCGCUGUGGGCCGGCACUUCGGGCUGCUGGUGGGCGACGCCCGGACCAGCGGCGGCCAGCUGGUGCGGCAGCUCCUGGUGGACUCCGUGGCCCGGAGGGACCCCCGCGUGACCUUCCCCCCGGGCCUGGCCGUGCGCUACAGGAAACUGUUCCAGCUGGGCGGGAGGAACCGGGGGGAGGAGCUGUGCGACGCCCUCCUGCAGGCGCUGGCCUUUUACGAGCUGCUGCGCAACCAUUAGAGCCACGGUAGCACCGCCGCCGGCCUGGAGGAGACCGGUCCCAGCAGCGCAGCCGGCGUGCUGCGUGAACCACAGGCACAUUACUGCACUUGCCAGACCCCUCUACUCCCAGGUGAACCGAGUGUGUUAACAGGGCUUACUUGGCACAGACACCUCUGUUUUAAUAAGGUAUAAGGGUGGUGGCUAAGCAGGUUUCAGGGGCAGAGGCAAUGCUCAGGUCUGCAACUGUACCUGUGGUCUCAGGACUUACAGGAGCCACACUGUCACAACACACCAGCCACGGGUUGCAACCAGAGCUGAAUGAUCAUUUCUGGAUAUUGACAGAUUGUGCUCUGGACCUGCGGCAGUGAUGUUUCAGUAAGAAAGAACUGACAACAGAUCUCGCCUCUCUUCAUUCUCUGGUAUUGGGGAUGAUAAUAUAUGAAAACCUUCUACAUGAAAACAGUUUUGGAUUUCGGAUGAAGGCUUUGUUUUAAGGCAUCCCUCCUGCCCAGACUGCAAGGGUGAUCAUUUUUUUAUUUUUAAUAAAGAUAUUCCAAAAACAGA